AUGGCUUUCAGAUUUAGUUCAUGCCAGCCGGCUGUCUUUGAACUAGUUGAACUUCAUUCUCAUUGUUUCCUACAAGUUGGGAGGGAAAUCUAUUAUUAUUUCAUCGGAUAUUUCCCACUGUUUAUGAUAUUGUUCUCUUUUCGCACAAUCCGCAAUCCGCACUUCCACAACUCCCCAGUCAUGCUUCAUUCUGACCGAGAACGUAUGAUCAUGCAAGACGGAACCCCCGUGGGCAAUUUUUCGAAUUUUUUCAGCCAAAUGGAGGAAGAUCCGAAUUUCCCCCAUAUACCGAUUGAAAGAACGCUAGCUAUCAUUAAACCCGAGGCUAUCCGUUUUUCGGAUGAAAUAGAAGAGAAGAUUUUACAGAAUCAGUUUUUCAUAAUCCAAAAAAGACGAGUCCACCUGACUCCAGAACAGGCUAGUGAACUUUAUGCCGAACAUUAUGGGAAAAUGUUUUUUCCCUCAUUGGUAUCUUAUAUGAGCAGUGGACCAAUAAGUGUUUUAGUACUGGCAAAGGAUAACGCCGUGAUGAGUUGGCAAAAGCUAAUUGGGCCGGCAAAUUCGGUGAAGGCGAGAUCCCUAGUACCAACAAGCCUGCGAGCACUUUAUGGCACCGAUGAUCAGCAAAAUGCCCUUCAUGGUAGUGAUAGUAUUGCAAGCGCUGAAAAAGAGAUUCGGUUCUUUUUCCAAGAUACCGUGAUGGAACCCAUACCUUAUAGAGUCACCGCGAAGGAUUAUCUUACUCGGCAUGUAAAUCCAACAUUGUUACGUGGGCUGACAGAGGUCUGCAAGCAAAAGCCCAAAGAUCCCAUCCCCUGGCUUGCCGACUGGCUUGUUGAUAAUAAUCCGAACAAGCCCAGUGUGAACAGCCGGUAUACGGUUUCCAAACAUUUAUGAGUGAUGGAAGAUCAGGAGAAGGUAUUCAAAGCGUUUCGUUCAAACCGGAUUCUUGCCGAAAGAACUAGUGCUACAAUAUAUUCGAUGGCCCAGAAUAGACAUGAUGUAAACCUUGGACUCCUUGGAAAGUUGCCUUGAAAAUCCCAUAAACAGACGUAUACAAACUAUACGUAUAAACGAGUCCUUAAUGAAGGGUAUCUAAAUACCACAUUUGGAGGCGUUUUUGAAUUUUCAGUCAGUAAAUCGAUGAAUUCCAC